AUGCGGGCCAAGGGCUUGAUGAUGUAUUCGAUGUAUUCGAUGUUAUCAGUCUGGCGCCCUCUGUUCCCGCUCCUGCAUGGCCCAACCUUCCUGCAGGCAAUGGAGGUCUGCUCCAAUGAGAAUUAA